AUGGACAUCACUUUUGGGGGUGAACGUGCUAAAAUUCUGAAUGGAGGUCACGAUCUUUCACUUUCACUCGACCAAUACUCUGGAUCGGGUUUCCAGUCCAAGCACGAGUACCUGUUUGGAAGGUUCGACAUGCAACUCAAACUAAUACCUGGCAAUUCUGCUGGCACUGUCACCACAUUCUACGUAAACGAUGGGGAUAUAGGGCAUAAUGGGGGAUACGACUCCUUAAUCAAUCGACUUCUUCAAUCGACUUCUUCAACAUGGCUUCUUCGUCUCGAUCCUCCAACUCAUGCUCAAGAUCAAAAAUUUCCAAGUCAAAAAGCACAAUUGAUAAGGCACAUCCUUGUGAUUGUGGGUUUCCUUCUCGCAUCUGGAUAUCAACAACAAAGGCAAAUCCUGAUGAAGGAUCCAAAGGAUAAAUGUGAUUUCUGGGAAUGGGUUGAUGAUGAUGAAGAAAUUAUAACCAAGAACGAGAAUAAGAAAGAUGAAGAACAUGAUUUCAAUACUGAAGUGAAGAUUGCAAUAUUGGAACAUGAUUUCAGUGAGUACAAGAUGAAGACUGAUAAGGAAUGUAAGAGUUUUAGAAAGGAAUUGGAUAAAAUGAAAUGUUUAGUGUUGAUGUUUGUUGUUUUGUUUGUAGUGAAGUACAUGAUUUAGUGUUAAGUUUAUUAUGUAAGGAAAAUGUACUUUGAAAUUAUCAGGAUAUGUAUCUUCAAAGUAGUUGCAUUGUACUCAUGUAAAAUGGUUACGAAGUGGGAAUGAAAAGAAGGUAUUUGUGAAGACUGAUACACAUAGAAG